UCAUUCUGUUUUUAGUCGCCUUGUGACACGCGUCUAAAUAUUAUAGAAAAGUUAAAGUUAAAUAAUUAUUAGAACCCAGUUGUUUUUAGUGUGCUUUUAUUUUCAACAGAGUGGAAGUUAGUUAUUUAUCAAUUUGAAGCUGGUUGUUAAUCAAAAGUGCCUUAUCAACGGACAAUAUGAAACUCGUUAUAUCAGCAUUGGUCAUAAUGAUCUCUGGCAUCUGUCUCUGCAUGGACGAGGAAAAAUAUAUGAAAGAAAAUAAUCUUAUUAAGUGCUACGAAUGCCUCUCGGAUCCACUGGACGGGGCCAAUGCAACCUGUAGGACUGAUGUGACUGGCGUACGUGAGUGCUAUGGCAAAGAAUGCAAUGUUCUAAAGAUGGAAUUUCUCGGCGAUGACAUAGUGUAUCGUAUGUGUAACGGCAAACACUAUACACAUGGUAUCUCACGCACGAUAUUUUCAACCGAAGAGGGCGGCAUGCAGCGUUUAGGUCUGAAAGUUUCUUGGUCAACAUGCCACGAAAACCUUUGCAAUUCUUAUAACAUAAAGGAUAAAGCUGUUGAUUCAUUUGCGACUGGUUCUUCAGUUAUUUGGAGAACUCACGUGCUGACCUUGUUUGCAAGUGUGGUGGUACCCCUUAAGUAUUGUGCUUACUUCUAUUAAUAUAUAAUAAUGUCUGAGACCCAAGUUCACCGACCACUUUAUGUUGACUUAAAGCAGCUGGUUACUAAUAUAUUUUGUACGUUCCAAUUUUCAAAGUAACUAGUUUCGUUAGGAAUACUUUACGUUUACUUUAUCAGUGAACUUCGGUCUUGAUUGGUAUAUUUGUAGGUACAAUUUGUUGGCUAAACUAGAACUUAAUUUCAGGAACAUAUAUAAACUGUGCACAAAAUAUAUACCGAUGUCUUCUGAAUGUGCCUUCUAAUAGUUUUAAGUAUUUUUAAGUAUAUUCCGCAUCUUUCAACAAAGUUGUUUCUUUGUUUGUUUUUCAUCAAUAAAGUGCUUCAACUUUAA